AUGCCCCACGAAUACAAAUUCAGAACAGCAGUCCAAGAUAUGAGUUAUUGGCUAUUACCAUCGCCUUCUAGGCCUCGUGAUCUUUCAAACCAGAAGACCAAGGCUCUGAAACAAAAGAAACUAGUUUUUCGACCUCUGUCGCUGAAGCUUCGAAGAAAACCCUCCAGUCUCGAAACCAAAGCCACGGCUCUCCGAGGCACUGUUUCAGGUCAAUCAACUCCCACAGUCAAUAAAGACAUUCAGACAAUGCCAGCAUACGCGGACACCACCCAUGGCUCGUCUGGAUCGGCCCCAAGGGGGGCUGUUAAACACAUGGCAGCCGCCACUGAAAAGACUCAAGGCCAAUCACACCAUCUGGGUCUCAAAGAAGAAGACAUCGCUGGCGGAGACGCCGGGGACACUCGGUCUGCCUCCCCGCGGAAAUCUUUGGACACUAUGAUUGACUUGGAAUCACCCCAGGAUUCUGAAACUGAUUCUGAAAUUUCUCCAUUGUCGGACUAUCCCCAUCCAUUGCGUUCAGCUUCCCGCUUGGCCCGCUUCUUCCCAGAGCUAUCCUCACACUUCGCCGUUGUCUCCCCGGUCGGUGCUGAUUCCAAAAUGGACCGCUCCACGGGGCCCUCUUUUUUCGAACGAGAACUAGAAGAACGUGUGCAGACUUUAUAUCGAAGCUCAGCAGAUGUCGCCCCUGAUGCAUAUGAGGUAGUCGAUAAACCGCAGAUCACCCUCUCGUCUUCUGGAUCUGAUGAGACUUUGGAUUGUGCUUCAUCAUGCUACAGUCAUCGCACUUCGGUGACCAGCAUCGGGAGCACGCUCUUGGGAGAUGAUGGACGGCACCCCUACAAAACGGCAGAUGCAUACUCAAUCUAUUCCCCCGUCGCUGCGGGGGUCUUCGACGAUUCCAGUUCCAUCUGUCCUUCACGGCCUUCCUCAAUAGUUGCGCCCUGCCACCUACACGUGUCAAAACUCGCCCGUCCAAUCCCCAUCACCAAAAACGCAUCGAUGAACGAUCUCAAGAACAAGCCCUUGCCAUUAGAGCCAUCCUUCGGUCCCAGUUCAGCACCAAGUCACCACGACGACUCCCCCCUUUCGGCAGUUUCACCGCAUCUCAGACCAAAGUGGUCAACACAAUACUCAAAGAGAGACUCGCUGGUCUCGUUGAAACACCCCGCUACAGUGAGCCACAGCGACUGGAAGCAUUCCAUGUUACAUCAACUAAAUUUCUACCGAGAUUCCAAACAUCCGUGCCAGACAUGCGGACACAGUCAGCAUCAGCCGCAGUGUCAGGGUCGACAACGGUCAGAUCUGGUGGUAGCUGGUCAUCGAGCUCGCCAUGUCCCAACGUUGUCGCAGGCUACCGAGGAACUUGAAGAUGCCCUGGGCCUGGGUGAUCAAGAUUUGUAUCACCAAACACUACUGGUUCUUGAUGGGCCGUUGCAGAUCAGCCGCCAUAAUGGGGACCUGAUUGCUACCCGUCCCGCGCCCCUCCCCCCUUCCACCAAGCCUCACUCACAAACCCCGCAAGGGAAGUCCACACUGAAGAACAGUCGGGUCAACACAAUUAAAUCAAUAGGCUCAACUCCAACCAAAGAAAAAAGUCACAAACUCAGUAAGAGAGAAGCGAAAUACAAGCGAUCGGGCAGGGAUAAGGAGAAGGAGAUGGAUGAAAAGGCCGACGCCAAAAAUACACCAGCCUCCAAAGAAGCAAUCAAAAAGGCAAAAUCCAAGAAAUCUUUCCUGGCUUUUCGCAAGCAAAGCCCAGCGCCGCGCGAUGGAAAGCGCAUUCUUCCGAUCCCCUCGAUCUGCCCCCCCACACGCAACAGCCUGUUGCUUCAAUUACCUCGUCUACAAACCAAUGAUCUCCGGGACCCUUUCGAUGACGUUGCAGAACAAGCAGUGCUGUCGGGUAGCCCCGGCGCGGUCGCUACUGAGGGCGUGGGCCUAGAGGAGAAGCCCAUAGCCUCCAAAAUCCGUCAGAGCUGGGCUCUGGUCUCGACUGCCCAGGCGAGCAGCGUCCAACUCACCGAACACAUCUAUGAACUUCCCGCUACUCCCCCGUCACCUUUAUCUUCAUUCCCUACGGAGGUCGAGCGCAAUGUCCCAGUCAAUAUCCCUCUCCCCAAAGAUAUGCCGGUGGAUUUGAUUCUAUCAAUCAUGCAGAACAUCGACUCUCUAGAUGACCUUUUCAACUUCGCCCUCGUGAAUAAAAAGAUCUACAUCGCUUUCAAGGGUCGCGAGCUGCCCAUGCUGAAAAAUGCCCUAUUCAAAAUGUCCCCGCCCGCUUGGGAAAUGCGCGAAAUGAGUCCGCCAUGGGAAAUGGAGUGGCAGCUACUUAUAGAUCCGGACUCUCAGGUUCCGGAAUACACGCCUACACUGUAUCUACAGAGAUAUGCGCAGGAUAUUUAUACUCUUGCUAAGCUGAAGGCAUUGGUUCUUGCGCGGUGCGCUCCGUUCCUCCGUCGUGAUACUAUUCGUGGUCUGGCGGGCGUGGAUAAUACCCGCGCUGAAGAAGUUGACGAUGCGUUCUGGCGGCUCUGGACCUUCUGUCGGAUUUUUGGCAGUGGUAAGGGGCGGGAGAAUGAUAUCGCUGGCCAAAUGGACUGGUUGAAGGGUGGUGUUCAGGCGAAGAAUCAUUUCACCUCGGCUUCGGUGAUGACACAGCCUUUCGGUAUGAAUAAUGUUUUGUUUGAACCGCCCGAGGGAUUCGGUCGUGGGAAUCUUUCCGGUUUAUCUCAGAAGCAGAUGUACGAUCUGACGGAAAUCUGGACGUGCAUGGGUGUUCUGUUGCAGCCGUUGCAUGGAAAAUGCAUUGAAGCUCGCAAGGUCGGCAUUUUCGAUGGCAUGAAUGUCCCAGAUGGUGAUUUGGCCCUCGAAGAGACUGUUCUCGAGGAAUGGACUUCAUACAUUCUCACGCUCGGUCUAGGCGCGGUCUUAACACUCAGCUCAGUCUGCCCAGCCGAUACCACCGCCGCCACAUUCACUAAGGCCAAGUCAAUCGGUCUCACCAAAUGGGAAGGAACCGAAACCGAAGCCAGUCGAUCAUCAUUCCUAAAAGAAGCAGUCUCCCGCGCCUAUGAUCUCCAAGAACGUGCCCUUGACAGCCCAACCGAGAUCAGCCCGCGAAAAACAAGUCCUAUCGAAAAUGACCGCGAGAUCCGUGAGCGACAAGCUGGAUACGCCUAUGAGCUUCGUCGUCGCCGUGAGUGCGGUCUCGAUCCAGAUCCCAAAGGCCGGUUUUCCUUCUCUGCCGAGCGCCCUAUGUCGGAGUUCAGCACUAUUGUUCAUAAUCUUAACGGUUCGCUUCGAGAUCACCGGCCCAUUCCAUCUGUGCCUGCGCUCGUUCUUGACAGGUCCUCGACUUCAACGGCUGGGACGGCUCCUCAGACCCCAACUCAUCCAUUCGAUCCUGCCAAUCUCUUUGCUUCGUCGCAUACUCCACCACCACCACCACCUAUGAUGUCUCUCCCUCUGAGGCCGCAGGUUCUAGAUCCUGUUGACCGUGCCAUUGACAUGAUGGUUAAUGAACUUGGUUUUAGUACGCAAGAUGCUAAGUGGGCUCUUAAGAUUACAGAUACUGGUGAAGGGAUUGAUGCUACCGCUGCUGUGCAGUUGCUUCAGCGUCAGCGGGAAAAGAAUGAACGUAAUCCCUUUGGUCAAGGUGAUACCCUACUGUCGGAUGUUAUUAAGCGUCAGAAGUCACAGGAAUUGGGCUGGCGCUGGGCUUGA